AUGUCGUCGAAUCCUAACUCUGGACAGCCUGCACAAAGCGGGAAUAACCAACAAGGGACGCCUGCGCAGCGUCUCACGCCUGAGUCUCUUCAGCAGAUGGCCUAUAAGUUUUCACAGUGUUUCAAUGAGGCCAAGAGAGUUGGCCUUCAAACACCACAGGGGCAGGAGCUGCUCAAGCAAGCUUCAAGAAUAAAAGCUAUGUACGAUGCUUACAGGCAGAGGCAGCAAAGUGCACAGGGCUUUGAACAAGGGGGCGCAACAUCCAACACAGGAGAUAACACGGCUGGAACGCCAACAAACGCAAGGUCACCAAAUGGGACCCCUAACAAUAACAUGUCAAGUAACAUCCAAAAUCUGCUAACGCCACAGCAAAAUGAAGCUUACGGAAGACUGAUACAGACAUCCAACGAAAACGGAGAGAAGAUUAAAGGCGAAUACACAUACCUUAAGAAGCAAAUUGAAAUACUCGACGGCGAGAUCAAGAAAAGACAAGGGGAUCCCGCUACAGUGAAGCAGCUCGAAACUAAUAAAACCGAGAUACUUAACAAGUUACGAGGAUUCAGCGCUUCCUAUUUAGCCCUCAACCAAAAGCUUCGUGAGGACAAAAAAAAGUUCUAUAUCGAGUGUGCAGCGACAAAUCCUAAUUUGAAAAGGUUUCUCCAAGCCUCAACUCAGCAGCAGCGAGCCAACUCGACUGCAUCACAAAAUGCGUCUCCACUACCUGCCGCAACGGGGGCUAACCAGGCGUCGAGUCCAAUUCAGCAGACAGGCGCACCAUCGCAGGUUCAACAACAAACUGCCACACCAAGCCAACCGAGGUCUGGGGUCAACAGCAGGUCCCCAACACAGGUCACUUCGGUCAAUGCGGCGGCUCAUCUGGCUAACAAUGCCACUUCUGCAGCAAGGCAAGCAAUUUUCAAGCAGCCAAACCCUUCUGUUCCUGUGUCCGAAACAAUAACACAGCGAAUGCCAACGCCGGUGGUGCACAGGUCCAACAGACCUACUAUCACUGGUGGAAGUGCCAUGAAUGCAGCUGCCUUAACCACACCCGUAAUGACUAAACUGCCGCCUUACGAAGUUGACAACGAAAGAGUGAUGUCUAAGCGCAAGCUGAGAGAGCUAGUUAAAUCGGUGGGCAUCGACGAAGGCGAUGGCGAAACAACAAUUGACGGCGAUGUUGAAGAACUAUUAUUGGAUCUUGCGGAUGAUUUUAUUACUAAUGUUACGAGCUUUGCCUGCCGCUUAGCCAAGCACCGCAAGUCAGAUAAUCUCGAUGUGCGCGACAUUCAGCUGCAUCUUGAACGCAACUGGAACAUCCGCAUACCGGGUUACGCAGCAGAUGAGGUCAGAAGUACCAGAAAAUGGAACCCAACUACGUCGUACAAUCAGAAACUCCAAGGCAUAAACUCUGCCAAGGUCACCAAAACUACUAGUGCUGCGCAGGCUGCUGCGGCGCAAGCAGUAUCAAGCAACGCGGACUCCAAAAACCAACCAGCAUCCUAA